AUGUCUUGGAAAAAGCUUAAGUUGUUGGGCAGGGGUUCUUAUGGUACGGUGUCUCUUGCCACGCCAUUAACCGAUUACUAUACAUUAUUUGCUGCUGUCAAAUCAGCCGAAGAUAAUCGCUCGUCUUCCCUCCGAGUAGAAGGACAAAUAUUGCAUGCACUGAGAGGGUCGGACUACGUAAUUAAGUGCUUCAGAGAAGAUUCGAAGACGGUGCUCGGAGAAUCAGAGGCUGCGUACUAUGCUUUUCAAAUCUUAGUCGGGAUUUGUCAUGUUCAUAGUAAAGGAUUUAUCCAUUGCGAUCUGAAACCAGCUAAUAUACUUGUUUUUCCUGGCGGACAACAUGGCCUUGCAAAUGUGAAAUUGGCUGAUUUUGGGCUAUCGUUGAGAUCUGAAACAAACACAUGCUGGGACAUAUCAUUGAAGAAGCGUCGUCGCCGCAGAGGGACUCUACUAUAUGCAGCACCGGAAUCUGUAGUGUGUGGGAUUCAAGAUAAAGCUGUUGAUAUUUGGGCAUUUGGAUGCAUACUUGUAGAAAUGCUCACGAGAAAGCGGGUAUGGUCAGAAUGUAAAAAUAAGAAUGAAUUAAAAUUGAAGAUUGCACAUGAAAAACUAGAGAUACCAGAUAAUAUAUCUAAUGAUGCAAAGGACUUUUUGAGUAAGUGUUUGGACAGAGAUCAUAAUUGGAGAUGGAAUGCGGAGAUGCUACUUAAUCAUUCAUUCAUCACAAACUAUGUUAAUAAGAAGAUGAUUCAUGAGUUGAUCCAGCGGCCUUUUGGUGAUGCAGGACUCAAAACAUUGGUUUCUUUGGAGCACUUAUUUACAACAACUAGUUUCUAUUAUCCUCAUAACUCCAACUUGAGAGAAUCAAGCAGUAUUAUUACAAGCCUCCCUGAGACUAAUAAUAAUAACGCAACAGGAGACGAGCCUCUACUAUGGAUGAAUUUCAGAAACUUACAUAUUUAA